CGCCGCCGAGGCCGUGCCCAUCGUGGGCGGCAUCGACACGCUGGACCUGCCCGGUGCCUCCGUGCUGGACCUCGGGUUUGCUGAGGACCCCGGACCAUCUCACCAAUCCAGUCUUGACAAGAUGAACCUAAAAGAAGAAAUAGUAGUGAAGGUAGUGGAGCCAGAAGAAAGCUCGGAGGACAUGGCUGUGGUUCCACCCAGCCAGGAACAACUGUCUUUUCUGGGGUCAUCUUCUGGCAGCUCUUCUGGGAAAGGAAAAGCUAAAACAAAAGGCCGAUCCCAGACGGACCAAAAUGAAAUUACUGAAGAGGACCUAAUGCAGAUGCAGCAGACCCAGAUGCAGGUGAUCCAGUCUGGCUUUGACAAUGUUAACCAUAAUCUUCGGCUGCUGCAGCAAGGCAUACAAGAUCUCAGCAAUAGCCUCAGCAUCAUGGCGCACACACUGGUGGCUAUAAAAAAUGUCUACGUGAAAAACAACACGGGCCCAACCACUUAUGCCACUGUCUCCACUCAGACCACAGCUGGGUACCUGAGCCCUGCAUCUCCCCAGAUAUCCCCAGCUGAGGACAGGGGCAGAGCACAGGUGGCUGGAAGCAGCAGCAGAAGCAGCAGCUGCAGUUCCAGCUCUAUGUCUCAAGAGCCAGGCCCUUCCGAGUUUCCCAGACCCACUUUGAGAACCAUUAAGAAAGAACAUCCCAAUGGCUGCUACUAUUUCUGUUUUGCAGAUGUGUAAAACUUGAAUACAUGUAAUAGUGACUGUGGUGUUAGAGGUGCUGUUUUAUGUUCUGCUCCAGCCUAUGAUGGAGCAAACUGGACUUACCUCCCACUCUCUUUUUUUUUUUUUUUUUUUCCCAGUGGGAAAAGUUUCACAGUAGGUGGCAUUAAACACUAACUACAAGUCUCCCAUUUCUUAACUCUUAAGUGUUGCAGUUGGUUACUGUCUGUCUUCUGUUCUCUUCACCAUCUUCCACUUAAAAAAAAAAAAAAAUCAAAAUUAUUUUGACCAAGACACUUGUCUGUAUCCUCUUUCACUCAAUGUGACCUUUUGAAAAUAAAAGGCAUGAUGAAGUAGGGUGAAAGGUAAGAGCAGUUACUGAAUAGCAGGAGUGUAAUCUGUUAUACAAGUUGCUGUGUAGUUUGCUUGUUCUUUAAAUCCAACUGCAAAAAUAACUGACUUUAAAUUUAGUAUCGGCUGUUUCUAACUACUGGAUGUGUUUCUAAUUUCUUAAACCUAGGCUGUGCAAAGCAUCACAAGGGGUUUGGCAGCUUUACCUGCUCUGGGGAUGGCAUAGAAUUAGACCACUGAUCCCUCAUCCUGCUACUUAUCAUUCAUCUAGCAUUGCUCUAUCUGGUCACUGUUCAGUACAGCUCCUCAAAUACACUUUCCCUGCAGAAGCAUGUUGCUUUAAUGAAAUAAAAGUGAAGGCAGUUAUUUGUCAGAUAUCUUGAGGAAAAGUGUAUCAAAUAUAAUGAAUGAAACUUUUUCACACUGAAGCAAUACUUGCAAUUACAGGUUAUCAUCAAUCUCUGUCUUCAGUAAAUCCAAGCUGGGACCAAGUGCCGUAACAUUUGAGAUGACAAAGGGGCAGCCCUAACUGAUGUUCUGCGCUAUCCAGAACUAAGUGUAGAUGUGCUG